CCCACUUCCUCCGCAAUCGCACUUCUUGCAUAAUAUUUUGAACACCUCACUUCACUUUCAAAGUUCGCUGAUUUAGGUCGGAUCUUCAAAAGUGGGAAAUCGCCUCGUCAUGCAGUGUCCGUUCUUGAACCGUUUUACCGCAAGCUUUAUUCGCAAUUACGCGGAGACGUUAUGCCAAUCCUACGGGAGCCACUGCCCCGUGGUUGGAAAGACCUUGGGUGCUGGCGAGAAGAAACUUUCACUCGUCGCCGCAAGUGUUACAAGGUCUUACUCGACUGGGGCAAAUGCUGGUGCCCCCGCAUCAGCUGACACUGGAAAGACUACCUCCGAGACCUUUCCCUACGAGCGCUUCUUCAACGAGCAGAUCAUGAAGAAGAAGCGCGAUCAUUCCUACAGGGUCUUCAAGAAGGUCAACCGUUUGGCUGGUGAUGGGCUGUUCCCCCACGCUCUUGAGUAUUCGGAGCGAGCGGAAAAGCCCAUCACGGUGUGGUGCUCUAACGACUACCUAGGCAUGUCUGCGCAUCCCAGCGUUAAGAGGGCCGUUCAAGAGGCCCUCGACAUGCAUGGUUCGGGGGCCGGCGGCACCAGGAAUAUUUCAGGCAACUCUCUCCACCACGAACGCCUUGAGCGAAAACUAGCAGAGCUUCACCAAAAGGACGCCGCGUUGCUAUUCACCUCGUGCUUUGUGGCAAACGAUUCCACGCUCUUCACGCUCGCCAAACUGCUACCUGGCUGCCAAAUCUUCUCGGACGCGGGUAAUCACGCCUCCAUGAUCAUGGGUAUACGAAACAGCGGGGUGCCCAAGCACAUCUUCCGGCAUAACGAUGUGGACCACUUGCACCAACUGCUGAAGCAAACGGACAAGAGUGUUCCCAAGAUCGUAGCAUUUGAGACGGUACAUUCAAUGACCGGUGCCAUCUGUCCGCUAGAGGAGCUGCUGGACGUAGCUCACGAGUACGGGGCUAUCACGUUCAUAGACGAAGUGCACGCUGUGGGAUUGUAUGGCGACCAUGGAGCUGGAGUCGGCGAACGGGACGAAGUUUUGCACAAAAUGGACAUUAUAUCGGGAACCCUUGGCAAGGCUUUCGGUAACAUUGGGGGCUACAUUGCAGGGUCUGAUAAGUUGGUCGACAUGAUCCGGUCGUAUGCGGCUGGUUUUAUUUUUACCACUUCGCUCCCACCCACUGUGCUUUGUGGCGCCCUGGAGGCCGUUAACAUCCUGGCUUCGGAGGAGGGUCGACAACUGCGUCACAUGCACCAGCGGAACGUCUCCUACCUAAAAAACUUGCUAAAAAGAGAAGGUUUUCCCGUUGAAGAAACACCCAGUCACAUCAUUCCAAUCAAGAUCGGAGACCCUCUCAAAAGCAGUCAAAUCUCAAACGUGCUCAUCGAACAAUUUGGACACUACCUGCAGUCGAUUAACUACCCAACCGUAGCUCGCGGCCAGGAGAAACUCCGACUGGCCCCCACCCCAUUUCAUACUUUCGAAAUGAUGAACGCUCUGGUUACCGAUCUUAAGAAAGUGUGGCAAAUGGUGGACCUUUCAACAAACGUCCCGCUAUCCCCGAACGGAUGUAUGUUCUGCAACUCUGAGAGCUGCUGGCAUCAGGAUGCAUCUCCCGACCUAGAAUGUGGAAUCCCCAACUGUCCUCGCCUGGAAAUCUCGGUUGCAGCAUAGUUUCCUCUUAUACAAAAUUCGACUAACUAAAGCAUUCGGAAUAUUAAGCUAUGCCUAAACAUAACUACGGUUUUGGACAAAUAAACAUUGGUUUUGGUGCAAUAUAUACAUGUA